AGCGAGCUGCUUGAAAAAAUUCCCGAUAUGUGCACAAUGAAGUCUGAUAUAAAAUUUGACUUCAAAUUAUCGGAACCAUUAUUAGAUGAAAGUGCUUUCACAAAUAAAUCAGAAUUCCAAGUCGAUAUACAAAGACGUGAUGUACUUUUAAGAAGUGCCGAUAGCUCUGUGUGUGUACGGAUUUUUGGGGAGUCAGACGCCCCUAGAAGUGUGUUUGAUGUCGUGUUUGUAACACAAAAUGUAAAUCCUGAAUGUACCUUACGAUAUUCUAAUGUUCAUGGCAACAGUAUUUUGUGUACUGCACUAACUCCGGAAACAGAAUAUACAGUCACAGUACAACUACAUGAAGACAGAAAUACUGUGUCAAAGCCGUAUCUUUUAAUAACUACACCAUCCAUUGAGUGUAUGAAUAUGAUUAUGAACAGACAUUGCCAUGAAGACUUUCAUGUUGAAGAGUCAGGAAAAAAGCUCUUCAGUAGAGAACAAGAUGACCCCCAUUCUUGCAGUGACUUUAUGCGUUUUGAAGGCACAAUUUGCAACACAUGUCUGAUGGAACCACUCAUGUACUGGGAAGUUAAGUGUCAUUCUUCAAACGCAAAGAAAGUUGAAAUUGGACAAAGCGUUGCACUCACUGAAAUUUGCUUGGCUAGAGAUGUUGACAGAAUUAAUACCCUUCUCCGGAAUUACAACUCGUAUGUUGCUGGUUUGGGAAAGAAUUCCAGAAAUAGAUUAGAUAUUUUUUUCACAAGGGAAGGCAAAGAGAUAAAGAGCAACGAGCUUUCGUGGAUAAAAGGAAGAGAUGUCGUCGUACACUUGGGUUUUCUCUUGGAUUUACGUAAAAAACGUUUUUUGUUGUUAAUGUCUAUGAAAAUACUCUUCUGUGUCAGUUUUUUUUCUAUUAAAGCUCCAAGAGAGGACAACCCAUAUGGUGCAGUAUUUGAGUUGACGCAAGGUGGGGACAGCAUUGAAAUUAUUUCUGGAAAAGAAAUCCGAGAAUUUCCGUCCGUGUUGUUUGAUCUCAUUUGAACUCUCCAUCUUCUUUUUAAAAUUCUCAAACAUCAAGAAAAAGUAAUUCAGAACCGCAUUACAUUGAAACGUCUGAUUAAACACACAAGGUUGUUGACAAUUUUAUGUACCUUAAUACUAUUUGAUUCUGCCUCGAAUAAAUUUAAUAGAAUAGCCUUGAGUAGUUUCUUUACAAUGUUUAUGCAUCGAUCUUACAACAAUUAAUUUGAUAGAGUAUACUGAACCUACUAUGUGACUUUAUAAAUGUUUUCCUGAU